AUGCUCUCCCGUCCGAGCGCCGGCAGCACCGCAGCGUCCGCCCUGCUCAAUGCCAGAAAUUCGUUCAUCUGCACCCGCUGCCUCAACCACCGCCGCGCCGCCUCCUCCUCCACCGCCGUUCGCAACAAUGGGCCCGUCCCUACUCUCCCACGGCCAUUGUCGUCACGGCCAUCCUUCUCCGCCCACGCGACCCGCCGACCCGUCAUCCGCGCCUUCGCCACAACGAGCCCAGCGCGCACAUCGCACGACGACAACGACGCCAACCACAAACCCAAACACAACACCAGCGCCCUGACCCCGCUCCCCCACCGCCGCCUCCUCGCCCUCUCCGGCCCCGACGCCCCCAAGUUCCUGCAAGGCCUGACGACCAACAACGUCCGAGGCACCGAGACGGACGGCUGGUACACGGCGUUCCUCAACGCGCAGGGCCGGGUCCUGUACGACGCCUUCGUGUACCCGACGCCGCACGCGGCGGGCGCGGCGGCGGGCGGCAAGGCGACGCGCGACGGCGACCGCGACGGCGACGGCGGGCGCGGCCGCGCCACCGGCGGCGACGACUGGGCGUGCUUCGUCGAGGUGGACGGCGCGUGCGUCGACGCGCUGCAUCGGGCGUUGCGGCGGCACAAGCUGCGGAGUAAGAUUAGGCUGCGGGUGGUGGAGGAGAGGGAGUGGGGGGUCUGGGCGGGGUGGGUGGUGGAGGGGGAGGAGGGAGGAGAGAAGCAGCAGCAGCAGCAGCGGCAAGGGCGUUCGGAAUCGCCAUCGCUGGCCCAGGCGAUGAUGCAGAGGAGGGCGGUGCAUCUGGUCGACGGGCGCGUGCCCGGGUUCGGCGGGCACAGGUUCCUGGUGCCGGGCGGUGCGGGUGUUGCGGACGUCGCUGGGUACUUGCCGCCGGCCUUCGCGGCGCUGGAGCGCGCGACGCCGCGGGACUACCGCGUGCGCCGCUACCUGCACGGCCUGGCCGAGGGCCCCGAGGAGAUCAGGGUCGAGGAGGCGCUGCCGCUCGAGAGCAACGUCGAUCUCAUGCGCGGCGUCGACUUCCGCAAGGGCUGCUACAUCGGCCAGGAGCUCACCAUCCGCACCAAGCACACCGGCGUCGUGCGCAAGCGCAUCCUGCCCGUCCGGCUGUACGACGGCGAGGAGGAGCCGGAGCGCUUGGAGUUCGUCGAGGGCGGCGCCGGCGUGAGGGCGGAGGAUCUGCCGCCGGGCGUGGUGGACGUGAAGAAGAUUGCUGAUGGCCCUUCUGCCGCCGACGCCCCCCCCGCGAGGAAGAGGAAGGAUGGGAGGAGCGCGGCGAAGUGGUUGGCGGGCGUGGGGAACGUCGGGUUGGCGCUGUGUCGGCUGGAGAUGAUGACGGAUGUCAAGGUCGCCGCUGAGGGGAUGGGUCCCGCGAGCGGGGGUUACCAGCCCGGGAUGAGGUUUGGGCUCAGGUGGGAAGUGCCGGGCGAGGAGGGCGAAAAGGGCGUUGGCGUCAAGGCGUUUGUGCCCGAGUGGCAUCGGCUGAGAGCCGAGGAGGAGGCAAAGAGCAAGAAAAAGAAGAUCGUGCAGAAGGAGUUUGAGCUGGAUGAUGAAUGA